GGCAGAGAGAGAGGACAGAGAGCGCGCAGUGUGAGACGAGAGGAGAGAGGAGAAGGUGAAGAAGAAGGAGGAGAAGGAGCGAGGAGGAGGAGGCGGCGGUGUUUGUCCGGCACUGAUGCAUGCGGCCGUGCGCUGGCAGAAGCAGCAGCAGCAGCAGCGAUGGAGAGGUUACUGGAGGUGGACGCGCUACGCAGCGCCGCCGAGUUCGCCUCGGAAUUCGCGGCCGACUUCGCCGAGUCGUGGCUGGCCAACGAGCAGCAAGCGUUGCUCUUCAAGGUGGCGGCCGCGUGGCUCCUGCUGAGCCUCGUGCUCAUCAACGUCGCCUGGUGGUUCUACGGGCCCACCAUCUACGACAUGGAGCGGGCACAAGGCUCUGUUCCAGAUCCCCCGAUUCCAGAUGGCCAGACGACCAAUGACUGGUUGCGCGCAGAGAAUAACGAACGGCGGAUGCACAGAGACUGACGACGGUGCACGCUGUGGGGAGUGAGGGGAGGGGGCGGUCGGGUCGGUGGGUGAUCUGCUCCGCCACAUCCGUCCAACGCCUCCGAAUACCGCGUGGAGCUGCAGUACAAACCCACGGCGUGUACACGAGCGUCCGUUUUACAAAACCACAUUUCUCUGCGGUGCAUUGGAAGUGAUUGAAUGACGAGCCAGUUUUUUUUUGGCAUUAAUGUAUGUAAAAGAAAACUAUGGAAAACUCUUAUUGCUGAAUUUGCUUUGCCGUUGUUUUCCCGUGUGUUUUUCGAGGUUGAACAAACGGAUUACUCUCUUCCUCUUGUUGUUGUUGUUGAUUUUUUUUCUGACAAGAGCAGCACGUCAUUACAAUCAGGGUUUUUUUUCGUCAAAGACAGCCAUGCCAAAUGAGCUAGUGAUGAGAAAUUGGGGCGAGAUUAAGUUAUGAAAUCACAACGAUUGCUAACAACAGCAAAUAACGCGGCACAACUUUGUAGGCAAACAUUCGCUUCUUGUGCCAAGAACAUCUGUGCUUUCCAAGAGCUUCCAUCGCUUCUUAACAACGCGUGCGACUUAAGGAGCGGCAAAUGUUGAGUCAAAUCCACCUGUUGGAAAUGAAGUCUGCCUGAUAAUCUCGCAGUCAGAUGACUGCCACCGGACUCCGAAAGUUUGAGUUAAAGCGCCAAUGUGAAUUUUAAGUAUUGCAUUUGUUAAGUGGGGUUUCUUUUUGUAAAUAUAUUUAUUAUUGAUGUAUGUGUAUGUUGGAAUUGCCAUCCGAAGUGAUCUAUAACAUUGCCAUUGGGAAACUUUCAAUUGAUCAGUCGACAUAAAAUUAGUAUUGAUAACAAACUUUAUUUUGACAUCACCUAUGCAGUUGUUUGUUUUAUACUGCAAUUUGGAGAAACGAAUGGAGCGAACGAAUGAAUACAUUGUUGUUUUUUUGGCUUCACGGACAUAACAGGUUGGUGGGCAACGGGAGGAUGGCGACGUGCUUUGUCAUGGGCGGCAAAGAGGCACAGUGGAAACACUCGUGCCUCGCACCAAGAAGAGGCCUAAGUGUGAUUCCCGACUCGGGCUGCUUUCCACGUGGAGUUUGUACGGUCUCCACUGCUAUGAAUGGGAUUUCUCCAAUAGCUAACAUAAACACAUACAGCGUAACUAGAAUUGGCCAAGUAUCCAAGUGUUGAAAAGUCACCUGCAAAUUACUCAAUUGGGAUUACACACAGCAGAAUCAGAAUAUGUAUUUAUACUGGAGGAAUUUGAUCAGCUAUAAAGCUCUUCUUCACAGGUGUCCCGUAGUAACAUUGCCCGCUACUGCGAAAACCUAGUAGGACCCUCCUGAGAAAGAUAUUGAGACUCGGUGAGGCUUUCUGGGUAAACAAGCUAAGUAAUGUUUUAUACAUUUCUCGGUUUGCAUCUACAAUGUUUUGGUUGUGUACCUGGUGGAAGAGGCAUUGUGGGUCAAAAGAUUGAGCUUUAACAUGCUUUGCAGUGAAAAAGCCACAUCCUAAAGCAGGCUAAUUUUAAUCCUCACUUCACUAACGGAAGACUGAAGUUAUCUGCAGAGUUUUUAAUAUUUAACAAAGUGUGAUAUAAAACAAAUACAUUAUUUUAAUGAACGAAUGAUCCCAUUAAGAUGUUGGUAGGUGUACAGUCAUUGCUAUACCAUUGGCAGUUUUAUAGAUUGUAUUGCAAAUGCAUGAUAUGCAAUGACAUCACGUUAUGCUAUAUUUUAAAUUUAGCACAGCAGUGCGUGGCAUUUUGCAACACAGUAGCGUAGCCAAACAUCAGAUUUGUGUAUUUACAAAUUUGGUGUGAUAAUCCAUUUUGAGUAGUAACGGCUUAGGAUAUUUUGCACAUCUGGUGUAAUUUUGAAAACCAAAUUAAUAGAUUUUGUGCAAUGGCUUGAGAAGGCCAUUUUUUUUGCUGGUUUUGAGAUCUACAAAUGAAAAUCUACAUUAUAAUUUAAAUAUGCAAGGUCAACGAAUUUGCACUUAGUCAUGUGAAAUGUAUCGUCACUUCCCUGGACUCCACGUUUAUUUGUUUGGAGUCAGCUGUGUAUUAUAUAUAACUUUUGGUGUACCAGAUGAGUGAAUGUGUUAUAGUUUGACUACCAUGUCAGUACAUAUUGCUCUCUUAACGUGUUGCUUUUCAGCUAUCUAAAAUACACAACGUAAAAUAUGCCGGUUAUGGCAUAUACGACUGCAACGGCUUAGUUAACUUUAAUUUGCCGACUCUAAAGAUUCACGCGCAUGCGUUCAUUAAAUGUGUUGCCACUAGGUAAACAUUGAGGUGGUGAGAAUUAGUUGAGUUGUCUUGUCUUGUCAACUACUGUAACGGGUCUCUUCUGGAUUGUUUUGUGCAUCUUCAGAGAACAUAAGCAAUCGAUCCCUCCAAAAGGCAAUAUUAUUGGUAAUGGAAAUCUACCUAGUUGUGAAAAUAAUACAUUUUGAAUCUCUGUACAGUGGACGCUGUAUAUAAGCCUACCUCUUUGGAGCAAGACCAACGUGUGCUUCUAUCAGAAGUUUCCCGUUGCGCCCCCCCCCCCCCCAACCAGUUUAAUAUAAGCACGUGUUGCAUAUAUGAAGACUACUAUAAAAUAAAAAACUAAUUCGUCAGUAACACUGCCUUAAAAAUAAAGUUUAUAUGUUAUGCAAUGUUUCGUGCAAAUGCCCUUGACAGCACAUGGCCCAGACGGGGAGAGCGUAUUGGAGACCAAACUUUGCAUACCGUGGGGCCUUGCAAGUGCCGUCCCCACCUUGCUACAUGAUGUCAAGAAGGACCAUUUGCCAGACACAUCGCCUGUGAUGUACUUUGUUAUUUUUUAAGGCAGUACGAUUAACGAACAUGUGGAGGGUUUUUGUAUUUGCGAUGUGUGCACUACUGCCAAGGCAGUAUCACCAAAUAAUUAGCACUUACAAAAGGUGUGAUUAUACCCGGCUUCAACUGGGUUAAGAUGGAUUUGGCUUAAAAUAUUUGUGCGAGUUCAAGAUUCAUUAGGGGCGGUUGGCUGCUUGCUUUCUCUCUUUUAUGGAGUCUCCAUUUAAUGUCUGUGGUGUACUUAAGAUGUCUAAGAAUGUUUUGAAAGUAAUUUGGUUUGGUUUUGCACGUUGGAAUAAAGGUGUCUAAAAUAUUACUAGUUACACUUAAUACAGUGGUGACUUUAUUGCCCAAAAUACAGGGUGAACCAAUUCCAACAGGUUAUUGAAUAUUGUGAAAGCUGUGUUGGGCAAAGUGUAUCAGGAGGGUGAUAAAAAUGUGGAGGCUUUAAAUAGAAAAGUUGACUUCUGCCUAUAUAUUUUCGCCCUAAUAUUUGAGUGGGACAUCCAUAAAUGGAUCACCGCCUAUCAAAUAAACGCCUGCCUCUUGUAGUAUUUUGUCCACAGCAGUAACAAAAAAACUACUUUGGCAUCGUUAAAAAAUAAAUCAUCCUUUUAAGUUAAAUACAUUGUUAACUUGAAUUUCAGUGUCGUGUACAGAAAUGUUGUUUUAAAAUGCGUUCGCUUUGUCCUGCUACGUGUUAUGAUGCGUCUGUGAACUCAACGGUUGUGGAGCAAAAUUAUCCAGUGCAGUGCAAAGUUUGUGCUCCCAGUUGUUAGUGCCAACUAAACCAGGUUGACUGAUGGUCUUAGUUUGAGCAGGUUACAGAACAUUGAACUUCAUUAAGUCUUUUUCAAGGGUGACAUGUGUAUCCCUAGUUCAGUCAGUUUGUUUCGGGUAAGGCCCAUGAAGCUAACAAGCUCUAUCAAAAAUAUUUCUAUAAUUAUCAGACUUGUCAUGAUGGACCGAUUUGUUGAUUAUAAUUUAUUCUUUUCUGUUCAUGGCACGUGUAUCGAAUCGCACAUGUGAUAAUCUAUUACCUGCAAUUCAUGUAAAUUACAUGCUAAAUUUCACAUGUAGCAAUAAUUGGAGCGAGCAAAACUGUAAAAACGAGACGUGAUGAGAAACGUUCCCAGCAGGACGGCAAAAUCGAAGGAAAUAUCGAUUCUUUCACUAAGACUCAUGGUCAUUCAUAACAUUUCUGGAGGAGAGAAUUAUUGCAUGCCCAAUUGUAUUGGAACAAUUUUUUUAAUAUAUAAAUAUAACAUUUUGGCUUUGACACCAGCACAAUGUGCACUACGAUACGCACGUUGUUUGACAAGUUCCCCCUGCACUGUAUUGGCACCGCCGAGCGCGGUUAUUUUUUGCGCCACCACUCGUCGAUUUUUCAAGUGGGUAAACGAAACCACGGGACGCACUCCCACACACACAAGAGCGGUUGCUGUGUCCACAGCGAGGCCUGGUUAAAUAUAACCAGGGCCGCGGAGAGGAGGAUUGAAUGUCCGUGUUCCACAUCCCCCAUAUUCUACAGAAAAAUGGAAUGCCCCAAAUGUUGUGACCAUCACCGUCGUCAUCAUCGCAUGCUCUUGUAUAUUGGCAAAUGUCACUGUGCAAGGUGGUUUGGAAUCUACCACGUGUUUUGUCGAGGGAUGAUGCGCUGGGUGGGGGUCGGUGCAUAUUCAAACUUUUGCCGGCUUAGCUCCCUCACUGUCCUGUGCUUUGAACCGCAUGCAUCGUCAUGUGCAUUCGCAAAUAUUGAAAACAGCGGGGCUAAACGUUCUUAUGCAUUUCUUCAUUGUGGGGAAAAUCGCCACGGUAACAUUUUUCACAUUGGAGAAUUUGCAUUGAGCCAGCUGUGUUCCACAUUCUAAACGUUAGGCUGAACAAUCUGGUGAAAACAAUGAAAGCAAUGUAUCAAACUAUAACUAAACAUGCAGUUGACACCCGGUCCUAGCUCGUUGAAUCCAAAUUGCCGAAAGAUUUCACCUUAAAAAAAAAACCUGCAAUAAUUGUAAAACUAAAUUGGAACACGUUGAAUGCACCCGCAUUGAAAAUGUAAAGCCACAGUGUUCGCGCACUUGCCUCCAAAGGUGGAGUAAACUAUUUAUUUUGUUGUGUAUAUAAGCGAUGUACAUAAUUGUUUGAAUAUCCCAUGCAAUGGGGGAGGGUAUGUUGCCUCGUGCGUUUGCAUUCGUUGGUUGUUGCCGCGUUCAACCCCGUAGAGGCUCUGAGCGUUCGUCUCGUGUGUGCUUGUAGUUGCAAGUCCCAAUUUACAAACGGGAGCUCCCUUCCCCCAUGCUGCCUUUCAGUGCCAGUGCCAUGCGUUAAUAGUUUAUUUUUAAGUUUACAACAGGAAGAGAGGAAAAACACACCCAAAGCCCCCCCCCCCCCCCCCCCCCGGCUCUACAUGACUGGGCAGUGAGUCAAUAAAAUAAAUUUAGCAAAGUUCAAACUUGAUUUCAAGCUUUCGUGACUGCAGGAAUUACUCUUUGGUUCUUUCGGUAAAGUCACGUAUAAAGAAAAUAAAUUUAAUAAUAGAAUACGACGUUUCGAUUGCAACACAAGAAAUCGUCAUCAGGUAGAACUAAAUUUGUGUCUCUGUGUUGUGUUUGUCUGUGUGUGUCUGUUUUGUCUCUCUCAAAUUUAGUUCUACCUGAUGACGAUUGCUUGUGUUGCAAUCGAAACGUCGUAUUCUAUUUUUUUCUUUCAACGUGACUUUAGCAAAGUUGUUUAUGGAGCCAAAUAAUUGGACUGUUAUGUUUAUGGCCAGGUUUUGCUGCCUAAAUUUCCGGGGGUUUGGGUUUUUUUGUGGAAUGCCUGUCGGGUGUGGCUUUCUGAAAUGUCGCAUUAACUGUGGAUUUUGUAAUUUAAAACAUUUUGUUGGUUUUAGCACUUAAGUUCGUCACCUUGACAUUGCAAUGUGUAAUGCCCCCAGCAAUGAGGCUGGUGGAAGUUAUUUAGAGGAACAUGUGGGAAAUUGAGGUGGAGAAUCCUUUCAGUGGCAGAGUAUACAUGAGUUUUAUUAUUUUCUGUAAUGCCAAAAGAGUAUCACUGAAAAGUUAUUAUUCAGAAAAAUCCUAAUUUUAUGCAACCUGCGCAGGCACACUGGUGCACUGAUGUGUUUUCUUCCAAAUGUUUUCAGGGUUUUCUUAGGUGUCUGAAGAGGUGUAAAGAAAAUACAUGGGCUGAUGUUUAUGUGGCCCAUUAUGAAUACUGGUGGGAGAGGACGUUUUAAAAAUAUAUAUCUAAUUAUAUCAGCCAACAGAAGAUGUGGGCUUUUUAUCUUUCCCAAUUGGAUUUUUAUCAAGGUCUCUUAAAGAUUGCCUUAAACGCCAAACGUCAGGUACUUUGCAUGACCACGAUUGCUUAGUGAAGAUUGCGGCCGCACGUUUAGACAUGUUUACUUCGAGAAUUUUGACACUAGUUCUGGCCUUUGAGAAGUGCUUGUCUGUGUGUGUGAUACUCAUCGUAGCGAUGUCAUGCCCACCCAUUGCGUUUGUAAGACGCGUGAUCUGUGUAAAUCCGUGUUGGUGAGAUGUAAAUGUCUAGUUUAGCCGCAAACAUGUGUGGUUCAGGCCCCGCUCAUUUAGAGACAAAGAUACGUUUUUUAAGUUUUCAUAAUAAUUUUAUUUGGAACAAGAAAAAACAUCUGCAGAAGCGAGAAGGGUCCGGGGCACUCUGCCCCCUUGCCAAUCGAUCCUUGGCAUGAGUACUCCCAGGGCGCUUCCGCAGAUUUCUAAAUUAAAAACUCAACAGCUAACCAGCGCGAGCCAACCGGCCCCAGGUGGCCACCCCGGGUCUUGUGGCCAUGUGGAGCGUGGGGUAUGUGGCUCGAAGGGACUGCAGGUUAGGGCUAUCUAUCCCUGGUCUAGGUGAUUCAGCCACCCUGUGUUGUAUAAAUAUGCGCCCAAGUGGGCUAGCUCUUGUGACACUUGUGCUGAUGAAUGACAAUAAAUGCUGCACAUGCAUUCGAAUCUCAUCA